CGAUCCCGGGAUCGCAGGCUUUGGCCGAGAGGUUUUGAGCCGUGGCCAUUUGCGUCGAUGGACCUCCUCGCCACGUUUCUUGGAUCGGUGAAGCUGUUGAGCUCGGAUUCCGCUUGACCUGGCGAAUGGUUUUGGUUUUGCAUUGGCUGGAGGUAGUGUGUUGGGAGCGAUGUUGGUGAAUUCGGAGCUGGAAACGGUGGGAUUGGUAGAGAGUUGACGGACUGGAGGAGGAGGAGUAGAGUAGAGUGCGGAUUGCGUGUUGAAGGGAGUAAUUGGGAUUGCGGGCAGGUGUGAGUGUGCGAAUUGGAAAUUGUGAUACGUUUAAGGAGCGGGGCUGGUUGAGAAGCCCUCCAUGGCGAAGAACACGGCGGAUGGGUUUGCCAGCAAUCGACGCUCUCCGACGCUGCUGCGGCGAAAACGAGAGAUGGAAUUGAGGGCUUUGCGUGACGGUGACGAAUUUGGGAAUUUAGCUGGGGGGAGUGGUUCUGUAAACCUUCGACGGAGUUCGUAUCCCUCAGCUAGGGCACCAAACUCAAAUCAAUCUGGACCUGCGGAAGUCUCCGUUCAAAGAAAGAAUGGAGUCUUUGAGGUCAAAGGCGUCAUGAGUAUGGCAGUGGAUCCUGAUAUAACGUACGGUAUAUUAGUCGAUUAUGAGAACAAUUCACAAAUCUUUAAAACUGUGUCCAAAGUUGAAGUGGAAUACAAAGGUGAUAUGAAAUUGGUAACACAGCAUGCGCAUUGGAACCUCAUGUUUUGGUCUGGGAAAUUUACCAUCAAGAUGAGGGUCGAGGAAGAUCGGAGCAAACAUAAAGUUGCCUUUAAAUUAAACGAACCUGGUUUUUUGAAGCUUUUCAAUGGUUACUGGGGCAUAGAGCCUUGGAUUCAGGAGGGUAAGCAAGUGGGUUCUAAAGUCUUGGUCACCCAGGAAGUUUUGCCCUCCAUACUGCCUCCAGGACCUCUAGGUGGUUACGUGUCAAGAAUUAUGGGCAAUCAAGUGAAAGCUGCUCUUCAAGACCUGUCAGUGGAAGCUGAGCGGCUGCAACAAAGUAGGUGAUCCAGAGUUAAAUCAUUUGUGGCACUCAGUGGGAACCAGAGUGGGAACCACAAUGGGAAUCGAGGAUCUAUACUGAAUUCAGUCAACUUCUGAGCUCAUUGUCAGAUCAAGCACUUAACUUAAUGUAGAAGACCCUGAACCUCUAUAGGAAAUCAUCAACCAAAGUUGUGCAUGCUGUAUUUUUUGAAAAGGACUGGAUGAUCCGUUUUGAGUUAGAAUAUCGACUUUGUUGCGUACAGUCUCAACCGUAUGGUAUUUUUCUUACUUUUGUUAGGGAAAAGUGGUAAGAACUGUUGCCCUUUUUGAAUGGGCUGGAUUUUGUACCUUCCGUCGGGCACAGUCAGGUGUCUUCUUGAGAUGAUUACCGUCGGUUAGGACUAGCUCCGGUUAUACUUUCUGAAGUCUGUAUUCGUUGAAACACAACUCAAUCAUGAGCUCACCAUUGUUUAACGCA